UUAUAUCAGAUGUCCCUAUCAGAGUCCCUCUUUAAAUUAGGAGUCUUCAUCAGAGCCCUCCUUUACAUUGAGCUCCCAUCAGCUUGUCCUCUUACAUUAUGUGUCCCCAUCAGAUUUCCCCCUUACAUCAACUGUCCCAACAGAGUGCCCCCUUAGAUCAGGAUCCCUAUCAGAGUGCCCCCUUACAUCAGGGUCCCCAUCAGAGUGCCUCCUUACAUCAGGUGUUCCCAUCAGAGUGCCCCCUUACAUCAGGUGUUCCCAUCAGAGUGCCCCCUUACAUCAGGUGUUCCCAUCAGAGUGCCCCCUUACAUCAGGUGUCCCAUCAGAGUGUUCCCUUACAUCAGGUUCCUAUCAGAGUCCCAUCAGAGUGCCCCCUUACAUCAGUUGUCCCAUCAGAGUGCCCCCCUUACAUCAGGUGUCCUAUCAGAGUCCCCAUCAGAGUGCCCCCUUACAUCAGGUGUCCCCAUCAGAGUGCCCCCUUACAUCAGGUGUUUCCAUCAGAAUGUUCCCCAUAUGUGGAUUGAACCCAUCUGUAUGCCUCCUUACAUCAUCUGUCUGCAU